CGGAGCACGACUUUGACAAUAGAAACAAUCUUGAUUUUGCAUACAGCUUGAUACCACACAGUCUACUCUCCGAGUCUCCUCAAAAGUGCAAGGAUAUCGACUCAUCCUCUCCGUCUCUCUCGCUAUUUACGUGUUUCAUUAUUGCAUUGCAUUCCUUUCGGUUUUUGACGGUGGCAAAGAAGAAGAGACGUACCGGAGAUAGAGAGGCCCACAUUAAAGCAAUCCUGCAAUCUACAAAGAAGGGAGGCAAGCAUGAGUGGCAUGGAUAAACAUCUCUUUCAGCUCAAGUUCACGGCGAAGCAGUUGCAGAGACAGGCCAAGAAGUCGACAAAGGAUGAGGCAACAGAAAAGGCAAAAUUGAAGAAGGCUAUUCAGCAGGGGAAUAUGGAGGGCGCUCGAAUUUAUGCUUCAAAUGCCAUCCGUAAGAAGAACGAAGCACUCAAUCUUCUUCGGUUGGGAUCUCGCAUUGACGCAGUUGCUUCACGUGUGCAAACGGCGGUUACUAUGCGGAGAGUAUCGACUUCCAUGGCGGGAGUGGUGAAAGGGAUGGAGAAGGCAAUGAACAGCAUGAAUUUGGAGCAGAUCUCCAUGAUUAUGGACAAAUUCGAAUCCCAAUUUGAGGACCUGGACGUACAAACCCAAUACAUGGAGUCAUCAAUGGGCCAGACGACGGCCAUGGCAACACCGCAAGACCAGGUAGAAGAUCUCAUGCAGCAAGUUGCGGAUGAGAACGGAUUGGAGUUGCAGAUGGAGAUGCCUGGUGCAGCCACUGGUACUCUGGCUGUUGGAACAGCUACGGUGGAGAAGGAGCAAGAUGAGUUGACUGAGCGACUGGCAAAGUUGAGAAAUGGUUAAAUAUGGCGCUGUGUAGUGGAGGAUUGGGUUUGGGUAGUGAUUUUGGGUUUCGUCAUUGCACAUCGUACAUUUAAUAGAUGGAAAAAAUUGGAAAGG